AUGGAAUCAGCAAAUAGUGGAAGCCUACAAUCAUCCAGCGGCGGCGACGACGAGUACGACUCACGCGCCGCCGACUCCGUCUUCAUCACCAGCAACAACAACGUGGCGGCGCAGCUGUUGGAGAUAGAUCUCCAGCAGCUGCACCAAAAUUCGAUUCCAUUUUCUACCAAUCUGCCGUGGCCCAACCUGAUCGGGCCCCACUCUAUUUUCCCCUUCGCGGCGGCGGAGGGCGGCUCCGCCGCGCAGCCGAUCGUCCAGCAAUCGGCGGCGCGGAACCCGAAGAAGCGGUCCCGGGCGUCGAGGCGAGCGCCGACCACCGUGCUCACCACGGACACCACCAAUUUCAGAGCCAUGGUGCAGGAAUUCACCGGAAUUCCGUCGCCUCCUUUCAACACUUCCUCUUCUUUCCCGAGGAGCCGCCUCGAUUUCUUCACCUCCAGAUCCGCCCAGCCUCCGCCCUACCUCCGCCGUCACUCCUCCACCACCACAAUCAACAACCACCUCCCAAAUCUCUUCAACAUUCCAAAUCAAAAUCAAAAUCAAAACCAAAACAAUCUCACGUCUCUCCUCCAAACAAGCCCCAAAUUUCCGUUUUCCACGUCAGCAAAACCCCAAAACUCAUUUGAUCUUAUCCAAAACGACGAUCAAUUCGGCGUUAGCCUUCACAAUCAGGCAUCGGAAACCCUCCCUGGCCUUCUUCCCAGCCUCAUCCCCUCCAAUCACAGCCACAUCCACAGCGGCGGCGUGGCGAAGUGGGAAAUUGGAGGGAAAAUCAGCUACGAUUUCGAGAGAAGCGAAAUUGGAGGGAAAAUCAGCACGCCGGAGAGCAACAUCGCCGCGGCGGCGACAAGGGGAGAAGGUAUGGUGGAAUCGUGGAUUUGCUCAUCGGAGUAG